GGCGCUCUUCCGUCCCCAGGGGAGGCAGCUCAGCGCCGCGAUGGAGGCGGCCAAGAUGGCGUCGCCCAAAAGCGCCCCGAAGGACGCCCAGGUGAUGGCCCAGAUCCUGAAAGACACGGGGAUUACAGAGUACGAGCCACGGGUUAUAAAUCAGAUGUUGGAAUUUGCAUACAGGUAUGUGACGACUAUCCUCGAGGAUGCGAAAAUUUACUCCAGCCACGCCAAGAAAUCGAGCGUCGACGCAGACGAUGUGAGGUUGGCUAUUCAGUGCCGGACAGACCAGUCGUUCACUUCCCCGCCACCCAGAGACUUUUUGCUGGACAUCGCAAGGCAGAAAAACCAAACCCCGUUGCCUUUGAUUAAACCCUACUCCGGGCCAAGGUUGCCUCCAGACCGGUACUGCCUGACAGCGCCAAAUUACCGGCUGAAAUCCCUGCAGAAAAAGAUCUCGUCCGCUGCUGGCAGGAUCACCGUGCCCCGGUUGAGCGUUGGCGCCGUCACCAGCAGGCCUAGCACACCAACCCUAGGGCCUCCUUCAGCACAAGCGGUGUCCGUUUCUACGAAAGUCGGGACCCCCGUCUCGCUGACCGGACAGAGGUUCACCGUCCAGAUCCCCACCUCUCAAACAUCUGUAAAAUCAGCCACCCCGACCACUCCCACCGUCCAGAACGUCCUGAUCAACCCCUCCCUGAUCGGCUCCAAGAACAUCCUUAUCGCCACCAACAUGGUCUCCUCACAGAGCGUCACCGGCGAGCCCAACGUCUUAAAGCGGAAACACGAGGAAGAGGAGGACUACGACACCUUAUGAGUUCCAGGGAGCCCAGCCCCCCUCCCCCCCAUUGCUCUCCUUCCAUCUAGUGCCUGAUCUGGCACACCAGAUCAGCCGGGAUAAAAAAAUACCCAUUUUGGUGUGGGUUGGCUCCCUUCCCCGCGCCCCCCCUCUUUCGUUUCCUCCCUCCCACCUCCAAUUAACUUAUUCUCCGGGUUCCCUGAAUUGUUUGCAGUCAGCAGAGCUGCGGUGUGGGGUGGUGAGUUUUGGGGUGCUCUCAAAGCAGGAACUCAAGCCAUCCAGCACCCCCCUCCCAUGGGUGGAAUUCAAAAAAUUUAGCAAUCAGUUCUCUCCCCGGUUGCUGGGUGGGCGUGGCCAGCUUGGCCUCCUACAUCACGGUUGGGAAGGCAUUUUUGCUCUCCCCCAGGCUCCGGAGGCGUUCCUCAAUCCUCUGGGACGGUGAAAACGGAGUUCCUCCGGAGGCUGGGAAUGAGCUCGUUUCCGCGAGGCCUGCUUUUUGCCCUCCGCGCGGGCUCUGCACUUACCUGGCAUCCAAAAUGGGUUGCAUGGAGACUCCUGGGAGGGGCGAGGCCAGCCAAUCUUUGCAAGUACCGGUUCGGUGAACCAGAUGUAAAAUUCGCAACCGGUAACGAACCGGCUAAAUCCUCUUGUAAAAAGACACCGAUUGCAGCUAGGCAGAUCAAACUGCAUUCUUCUGUCUCCUAGAGCGUGGAAGGGAAGGAAAUUGGAGCGUGGGGGGCUGUUGUUGAGGUUCACACAAUUGCGUUUCUUUGUGUUUUGAGGUCCAUCCUCCCCCAUCCCCCAGGUUGUGUAAAACGGACUCCAGUGUUUGUUGAAGUCAUCCAUCGUCCCUGGCUGAGAUUGGGAUGGAAAAGGAAAGGAAAAAUGACAUCCUGGCACGACACAAUUUGCAAAGUUUUGUUCUGUUUGCACGGGGCGAGGUGGGGACGGGAUUGUGUUGUGUUGUGUUGGUGCAGGAUUGUCAACUCGCAUCGCCCUGCUUUCUGGUUUUAAGAGUCUGGCUGCACAAUGCAGCCCCCUCCUCCCCAUUAUUUUGUAGGCCACUGCCACGAACAUUACAAUUUCUAUUUCUUUUGAGAGCUGUAUUUAUAAAUUAAACUUUUUUUUUCCCCCACGAGGAGUAACAACA